CGGGCAGCGGGACCAGGCGCGCGCCGGGCGGCGGAGGGCGGAGGCGGGAGGCGCUCGGCCGGCCCCCGCGCCCGGGCCCGCGCAGCCAUGAACCUGGAGCGGCUGCGGAAGCGCGUCCGGCAGUACCUCGACCAGCAACAGUAUCAAAGUGCUCUAUUUUGGGCAGAUAAAGUAGCUUCACUGUCUCAUGAGGAACCCCAGGACAUUUAUUGGUUGGCUCAGUGUCUUUACCUGACAGCACAGUAUCACAGAGCAGCCCAUGCGCUUCGGUCACGAAAACUGGACAAAUUGUAUGAAUCGUGUCGUUACCUUGCAGCUAGAUGCCAUUAUGCUGCAAAAGAGCACCAGCAGGCUCUUGAUAUUCUUGACAUGGAGGAACCCAUCAACAAAAGAUUGUUUGAAAAAUACUUAAAGGAUGAAAGUGGCUUUAAAGACCCCUCCAAUGACUGGGAAAUGUCACCGUCCUCAAUAAAGAGUUCUAUUUGUCUUCUGCGAGGGAAAAUCUAUGAUGCUCUGGAUAACCGAACCCUGGCUACCUACAGCUACAAGGAAGCUUUGAAACUCGACGUCUACUGUUUUGAAGCAUUUGAUCUUUUAACGUCACACCACAUGUUGACAGCACAAGAAGAAAAGGAACUUCUCGAAUCGCUACCUCUCAGCAAGCUCUGUACUGAAGAACAGGAAUUACUGCAUUUUCUAUUUGAGAACAAAUUAAAAAAGUAUAAUAAGCCUAGUGAAACGGUCAUCCCUGAGUCUGUAGAUGGCUUGCAAGAGAAUCUGGAUGUGGUAGUGUCUUUAGCUGAGAGACAUUAUUAUAACUGUGAUUUUAAAAUGUGCUACAAGCUCACUUCCGUAGUAAUGGAAAAAGAUCCUUUCCAUGCAAACUGUUUACCUGUACAUAUAGGGACACUUGUGGAGCUGAAUAAAGCAAACGAACUUUUCUAUCUCUCUCAUAAACUGGUGGAUUUAUAUCCUAGUAAUCCUGUGUCUUGGUUUGCAGUGGGAUGUUAUUAUCUUAUGGUUGGUCAUAAAAAUGAACAUGCCAGAAGAUAUCUCAGCAAAGCUACGACGCUCGAGAAGACCUAUGGGCCUGCCUGGAUAGCCUAUGGGCACUCCUUUGCAGUGGAGAGUGAGCAUGACCAAGCCAUGGCUGCUUACUUCACAGCAGCACAGCUGAUGAAAGGGUGUCAUUUGCCAAUGCUGUAUAUUGGAUUAGAAUAUGGUUUGACCAAUAACUCAAAACUGGCUGAAAGAUUCUUCGGCCAAGCUCUCAGCAUUGCCCCAGAAGACCCUUUUGUUAUGCACGAGGUCGGCGUGGUUGCAUUUCAGAACGGAGAAUGGAAAACAGCAGAAAAAUGGUUUCUCGAUGCUUUGGAAAAAAUUAAAGCAAUUGGGAAUGAGGUAACAGUUGACAAAUGGGAACCUUUGUUGAACAACUUGGGGCAUGUCUGCAGAAAACUUAAAAAGUAUGGUGAGGCAUUGGAUUACCACCGCCAGGCGCUGGUGUUGAUUCCUCAGAAUGCAUCUACCUAUUCUGCCAUAGGAUAUAUCCAUAGUCUGAUGGGCAACUUCGAAAAUGCUGUGGACUAUUUCCACACAGCCCUUGGUCUUAGGCGAGAUGACACAUUUUCUGUUACAAUGCUUGGCCAUUGCAUCGAAAUGUACAUUGGUGAUUCUGAAGCUUAUAUCGGAGCAGACAUUAAAGACAAAUUAAAAUGUUAUGACUUUGAUGUGCAUACAAUGAAGACACUAAAAAACAUUAUUUCACCUCCGUGGGAUUUCAGGGAAUUUGAAGUAGAAAAACAGACUGCAGAAGAAACGGGGCUUACACCACUGGAAACCUCAAGGAAAACUCCAGAUUCCAGACCUUCCUUGGAAGAAACCUUUGAAAUUGAAAUGAACGAAAGUGACAUGAUGUUAGAGACAUCUAUGUCAGACCACAGCACAUGACUUGAGACAGUGGUCCUGGUCUGUCUGUCUUAGUGUAGGUCUGUAUUCCCUACAUCCUUGCCAUGGCCUAAGAAUUCCCGCUUCCUAGCCUGAGUCCAGACUACAUCUUUACAUUUAGGAACAGAGACCUGCCUUAAAAGACUGGAUAGUACACCUUUGCAACAGAUGUUUUCUGAUUCUCUGAACCUACACAGUAGUUAGUGGAAUAAAGAAGGUCAAUCAUCUGUUAUGUCUUUUCUUUUUCAGUAAACUUUUAUUUUGGACUAAUUUAGAUUUACAGAAAAGUUGCAAAGAUUGUACAGAGAGCUUCUGUGUGCCCCUCACCCAGUUUUCCCAUGUUGUUAGCAUCUUAGUGUACAGUGGACAUUGGCACAUCACUGUUAAGUAAACUCCAGACUCUCCUUGGAUUUUACCUGUUUUUCCUUCAUUUGCUCUUUCUGUCCCAGGGUCCCAUCCAGGGACACACUGCACUUUAACUGCACGUCUCCUUUAUGCUCUCUGGUUGUGACCAUUUCUCAGACUCCACUUGUUUUUCAUGACCUUGACAGUUUUCAGGGGUACUCAUCAGGUAGUCUGUAGAAUGUUCCUCAGUUUGAGUUUGUUUAAUGUGUUUUUCAUGAUUGGACUAGAUUAUGGGCUGGGGGAAAUACCACGAAGGUAAAGCUCCUUUCUCAUCACGUCCACGUGACUUGUCACAGGUAAUGCCGACCUCAAUCAUUGGUCACAGUGGUGUCUGCCAUGUCUCUUCACUGUCAAGUUACUGUUUUUCCCUUUCCAUACUUUAUGGGGUGCGGGGGUCUAAGCUUCACCCUGGAGGGGCAAUAUAUGUACUUGUUAUUUGGAAUUCUUCUUGAAGAUUUGUCUCUUCUCUCCCAUUUAUCUAUUUAUUCAGUCAUUUAUCAGUGUGGACUCCUGUGUACUUAUUUUAUAUUUCGAGUUAUAACCGUAUACAAUGUUAUUUACUUUGAGGCUUAAAUUGUUUCAGCUUUGGCCAUUGAGAGCUUUUUCAGCUUGGCUCCUAUGUCCCUGUAAGACACCCCCAUCCAUUUGCUUUUUGUUUUUUUCUUUAUUGUGGUAAAAUAUAUAUAUAAUGUAAACUGUGGACUUUAGUUAAUAGUAAUGCAUCAGUAUUGGUUCAUCGAUUGUAACAUUACCACACCAGUGCAGAACGUUAACGGGGGACACUGUGGGCAGAUGGAGGGAGAGGGGGUGAAGGGAACUCUGUGCCUUCUGUUCAGUUUUUCUAUAAACCUAAAACUGCUCAAAGAAAUAAAGUCUAUUAAUUAAAAAAGAA